AUGGUUCCAGCUUCCUUGUACCUCGGAUUUUCUGCUUCAAUAAAAUGGGUUGCGGAGGGUACAUAUCUUACUUCUACAGCACGCAGUCAUGCACAUGAUUUAAACUUAGAAGAAGGAAACGUGAUUGGUAACUUCAAUGGAGAAUUUUGGGGAAUGUUUGCAGGCCACCAGUUCGUUGGAAACCUCAUGUCUCUUUUUCUAUUGAAAGAUGGAACGGGGGUAACUACCAGUGGCAGUGGCACAACUUUACUAUAUAUUGUGUUCGUUUGUAGUAUGACCUUAGGUACCAUACUCAUGUGCUUCUUACAAAAGAGGGAUGCUAAAGGAGAGGAGACUUUACCAGAUUCUUCUGUCAGUUUUACUCUUCCAUUGUUUGACUUACGAAUGCUAUUAAUCAUCCCCCUUAUUGCAUAUUCAGGCUUAAAACAAGCAUUUGUAUGGGCUGAAUACACCAAGUACAUUGCGGAACCUGCACUUGGUGAGUCUGGUGUAGGUGGUGCUAUGGCAGUGUAUUGGGCUUUUGAUGCAAUUUGUUUGCUGGCUAUGGGUCGACUCACCUCUGGUCUCAAGUCAAUCACUCUAAUAGUUUGUGCUGGAGCUUUCAUUCAGUUAAUUGUACUGCUUUGGCUUCUACUGAAGUACAGCGUAACUAGUGGAGUACUCGGCAUUUUAUACCCCCUUAUCAUGGCAGCCGCAUUGGGAAUUGGGGAUGGAAUAUUCAACACACAGCUUAAUGCUUUGCUUGGGAUGCUCUUUAAGCAUGAUAUGGAAGGAGCAUUUGCACAACUCAAGGUUUGGCAGUGUGUUUCGAUCGCAGUUGUGUUUUUUGUGAGCCCUUACAUUUCUUUGCAUGCUAUGUUAGUGGUUAUGCUUGUUGCAGUUUGCAUCUCUGUUGGCGGGUUUCUAUUCCUCAUUCUUAUGGUCGAGA